CGUGUGAACCAGACCGAUCGGUAAAUGGUCCAGUUCCCGUUAACCCUGUCCGACCGCCCGGUUCGAUCCGGUUCUGAAAACCACUAGAACCACUUGCUUCCAUCUAUAUAAAGGCCGAAGCAAUAGCGUUCCAGGGCAACACAAGAAUCGACCUUGGAGUCGGUCCACAAAACAUCUUUCGCUCUAACGUCUCCUCUCUUUUCUGCCGAUCUCUUCCCAAAAUGUGGGCUGUGGAUAUGGCGGUGGUGGUGGUGCUUGGUCUGUUGGCCAUGGCACAAAUAUCCAUGCAACAGGUUUUGAGAAACCCUUUGCAUGGAAUUAUGGAGAGAAGCACUAACAAUGCAGAGCCUUCUCUGGGCGUUAUUGCGACCUCAAAUAGCGCUGAGAAAGCACUUAAUGCCUCUGGUGAAUUCAUUCUUAGCUCCACAAACCCUUACAUUGACUAUGCUGGAAGAAGAUUCUUCAUUGGGACGAUUAGGGGUGCUACUGUAGUAUAUGUUAAGUCCGGAAGUCUUGCUAUAAAUGUGGCCAUGACUACGCAACUCCUUCUUGAUUUCUUUAUUAGCAUUCGUGGAAUCGUUCAUUUUGGAAGCGCAGGAACUGUAGACGAUUCUUUGCCCCUUGGUAAUGUAGUUGUUCCCAGCUCUAUUGCUUACACUGGAGUUCUUAACUGGAAGUCAUUCGGAUCAGUAGGUGGAGAGCUGACAUUUGGAGAUUAUAACUAUCCAGAGAAGGGGCAGAAUCUGUUGGGAACUAUAAAAUAUGAAUCACUGACCUUGUCUUCUGCAGAUUCAACACAGCGUACUCUGUGGCUUGAAGCCAACUCAAGGUGGCUAUCGAUCGCCUCUCAGCUGAAGGAUUUAGAACUGCAACAAUGUGUUAACCCUUUAAAUUGCCUACCCAACACACCAAAAGUUGUGUUUGGAAAGAAAGCGUCCAGUGCUGAUACUUACGUUAACAAUGGAGCUUAUAGGGAAUUCCUUUACAAGACUUUUAAUGUCUCGAUUGUGGAUACAUCCAGUGCUGCUGUAGCAAUGGUCUCUUUGACACAUGGGUUGCCUUUUAUUGUGUUCCGAGGAGUUUCGAAUUCUGCAGGUGCAGCGGAUUCAGGGUCGACCUUUAGCUCUUUGGCCAACUCUAAUGCUGUCGCUGCUGCAGUUGAGUUCAUCGCUUUGGUUGAUCUUCCUCAUACGGCUUCUAAUUAAGUAGUGGAAUUAUUGUCCUGUUUGAUGAGUAAUUAUUUAAGAGAGGUUGGGCACAUGUGCUCUUCUAUCAGGACAAGUAAUUUCUGCUAAUUAAAUAAAAUGCUGUGUUUGUGCAC